UCAGGUUGGUGGAGCGGGGGAUUUGGACUCCGGGAAGACAAAAUCGAGUCCAGUACCUGGCGUCUGCACAACGCGAGGACAGCUCCCUUUAACUGUCCCACGCUGCUUCCUGCAUCCCAUUGACUUACAGAGAGAAGCACAGCAUGCAGCAGUUUCCGGGGCAAAUUGUACCCCAAGUUCGUCCCGAACUGUACGAGUUACUGAUCAAAAGGAAGAAGAGGGCUAUAUGGCUUUCAAGCAUUCUCCUACUUCUUUCACUCCUAAUCACCGCUGCUGGUAUUGUCACUGCAACAAGAACGGAGAAUAUAAGCAUUAUCGGCUAUGCGUCUGGAAUAAUUCUUGCUUUUGGGUCUUUUCUUGCUCUGUUGGGACUCUUUCUGGAUGAAAAUCGGAAGCAACUGCUAGUUGCAGCCAUCACCUUCCUCAGUUUGGGAGUUAUCGGAGCAUUUUUCUGUGUGAUCGUGGAUGGUGUCUUCAUCGCCAUAAACAUUGAUCUAAGACCGCUGCAUGCAAGCAGAUGCCAACAUUACACCAGUGGGCACAACUUUAUUUAUGAGAAUUAUCUGGCUAGUGUACCAUGCCAGAGCCUGACAGAGUCUUGCGAUCUGCAAGUACAGAGUAACACUUGCUACUGCUGUGACUUGUACAACUGCGCCAAUGGUGAUUACCUGAACAAUUACUUUGAAUUUAUUGGAGUGAAGAGUUGCCAGGAGGUACAAGUGGUUUACAUUAUGAUUUGGCUCGUCACGGCGCUGAAUGUUUCUGCCUUCCUCUUGGGAAUUAUCACCACGGCCAUCCUUGGCAGCUUCAAAAACAUGGAGUCCCUUGUUGGACCUGAGGUUAGUUUCCAGCUCUUCCACAUUCAGAAUUCCAGAUACAAGUCUAAGGAGCAGCGGGAGUCACAGCCCAUACUAUCUCCAUCUGCACCGCUCCUGCUACACGAACAUGCAGUAGACACAGUGCAUCAGGGGGUCCCUGCAGAGUACAUGCCAAUGCGUGCAUCGCUGCCGAGCUGUGAUUUUAACUGUGUAAGGAAGGACACCAACCCUCCUCCCUUCGCUCCGCUGUAUAAUUUGCUGCCGGAUUAG